AUGUCACACGUAUCAAUUGUAACGGGAGCGUCAAGGGGUAUGUGUCAACUUGCUAACUCAAGUCAUAGCUAAGACUAAUUUAAAAAAUUUGCCAGAAUUGCGAAACUAAUUGAAAAAUUGUUGCAGGGAUCGGUGAAGCAAUUGUCGAUAUUCUUUUGCAAAACAAGGGGUCAAAAGUCGUUGCCGUUGCCAGGUCAAAAGAAGCACUCGUUGCAUUGCAAACCAAAUACGGCAAGGAUAGAGUCGAGAUUGUUGCCGGCGACGUGACAGCAUCGGAAACUUCCAAGCAGGCAGUAGCGACAGCCAUUUCCAAGUUUGGCCAGUUGAACUCGGUGAUCGCCAAUGCCGGAGUCAUUGAUCCAGUGGGCAAGAUCGAAGAGACGGCAAUUGAGGAUUGGAAGAAAUUGUAUGACAUCAACUUGUUUUCCGUCGUGCAGUUGAUUCAACACGCGUUGCCCGAGUUGCAAAAGACGAAAGGUAACGUUGUUGCUGUGAGUUCCGGCGCCGCGACUUCAGCAUAUAGCGGAUGGUACGCGUACGGAAGCUCGAAAGCCGCCUUGAACCACCUCAUAUUGUCACUAGCUACCGAAGAGAAAAACUCGGGAGUCCAAGCCAUUUCCAUAGCUCCCGGAGUUGUUGCUACCGAUAUGCAAAAGGAAAUCAGAGAAAAACACGGCGUUGGAAUGAAUCCUGAGGUAUGGCAAAGAUUCAUUGACUUGCAUAAGAAUAAGCAAUUGGUUGACGCCGAUGAGCCUGGUGCUGUGUUGGCUAAUUUGGCUUUAAAAGGAUGGCCGGAGGAAGUCAAUGGUCAGUUUUUGAGAUACAACGAUGAAAAGCUCUCGUCAUACCGGAAAUGA